AUGUUUAGGAGAAGAACAACUGCAGCAGAUAUGGAACAAGCGAACCCGACAGCUUUAGCAGCUGCAGCAAGUAUCGGUAAAUUAUUCAUGAAGAAAGAGAAUCAGCCAGAAAAUAAGCCAAAAUCGACCUAUCGUUCGGCUUCGAUGACGAACAUGAGGAAACCUUCUGCUUCCAAAAGAGUGUCCUCCAUUUCCAGUACAUCGUCAGAGUCUACGCGAGGGAACAGUCAAAAUCGUCCUAGGAAGCUGAAUAGUCUCAACCAACGCUCGUCAGUGGUGAGAGAAAGUGGCUCAAAUCUGCCCUUGCGGACGGGAUCACAGUCCAAAACCAGUUCACACAAUCGAACUUCGAGUCUUCCCAACCAGAGAGGCCAAUCAAGCAGAAACAAUUCUGGUUUGCAACGCCGUAACUCGAAAAUAAACCAAAGAGUAAGCUACGACGAGGCUCAGCGUACGUUCAAAGAUUUUGGGGGACCACAGGCUAGAGGCGUUCUAACCAACAAACAACGUUCUAGUACCCACGGUAGUCUCGCCCCUUUGAAAACUACGCGAAAAUAUAUUCCCGGACCUAACGGGCUAAUUGCGGUUGAUGUUCCAGUUGAAAGACCAGAUAACAUUUCUGGUUCAUUAAGACGUUCAACUUCAGCCCACAGCGACUUGAAUGUCAGAAAUGGUUCGUUAUUGAGAAAAAAAAUUUCGCAAGAAUCUUUACAUUCACAACCAAAAAGAACUUCUUCUUUAAGGAACUCAUCAAACUCACAAACAAAACAAGACAACGAGCCUACUCAAAAUGGAAAAGUGCCAAAAAACCGUCCUCUUAUUGAAACACAGGUUCGUGAAGAAACCGAUCAGGAACUAAAGCUGGAAAACUCCAGCUCUUCUGGAUCCGAAACUGUAGUCAAUGGAGAGAAUAAUUCAGAAAAGCCCAAAUCACCGGCUAAUGGAAAGGACAAUUUAAGCAAACUGAUAGAUGAAAACAUUGAGUUAAAAGGCUUUAUUGAAAAAGAGGAAAAGGAGAAAAUUUUGAAAUCCGACGAAGAACACGUUAUUGCGCAUAAGCCAGCUAAACAAGAGAAGUUGAAUGAUAAACACUCAGCAGUUGUAGAUGAUAAAUCUCCUUACUCUGACAAGAUAGAGACUGCAAAAGAGACAUCAAGAAAAAAACCAAAUCAUGUACUAGAGGAACACUAUGGUUCUAAAGCUGAAAAGCCCGAAGGACAACUUAAAAAAUUGGAACAUACUAUUUCUGACGAUAGUUCAUCUGUUCAAAGAUUGGCCGAAAAAGACAGAUUGGAAAACGGUGAUCGUAACUUAACAAGCGAUACAGUUAUAUCUCCCACGCAAAACCUCGAUGAAAACGCUAAUUCAAUACAAGAUCACAUUAUUCCAAAAGCUAUCAAUACAACACACAAGACUGAAAAAAUGGACAGCUCUUCGGAUGAAUUAUCUCCUUCAAGCACCUACUCUACACACGAAAAUUUUGAUGACAGUAAGGAUAGAAAUAUCGAUGCAGUAGACAAGAAAACUCAAGAAGCAAUAAAACCAAUCGCUUCCCAGGAAAAUAAUGGACAGAAACAAGCGAAGCCAACACCCUCUUUGGCUCAAUAUCUAAGAACCUCAAAUACCUAUCUAUCUCCAAAAAAUCCACCGAAACAAAUUGAAACAGAAAAGCUUCUUAAACCAGAAAAUCCAAUGGCGCCCGCCACCAAAGUUGUUACACCCAUCAAAUCUGCCUUAAAGAAAUCAUCAGGGAUAUCUAAUCACAAAAAUUCUGUGUACGCUGAGAGCUCCCCUGCAAAUGGUGCAUAUCUGUCUCUUACAACUGCUGAAAAUACAAGGCUGAAUGCCCAAAUGACCGUCUCUGAUAGUGUAUCGCGCAGAACUAGUGUGAAACGCUCUUCCAUAAAAAGACCUCAAUCAGUGGGCCAGUUUAGAAACAACAGAUCGAGUUCACCUUCUCCCCCAGAGAAAAUAAGCAGUAAGCGCCACUCUGCUAUACCUUUAGGAACUCCGGAGAAAGGUAAAUCAAAAAGAAGUUCGGUAGUAGCUUCUUUUCCUAAAGCCAUAUCACAAACUCACAAUUCAACCACUGUACCAGAGCCCAAUGGCCAAAAAAGCAAAUUGAAAAGCGAAGUUAGCGGAAAGCUCAAUGAUGCAAGUAUGAAGAAAGGACCACAGGGCCCACAGAAUAGUAAGCCUGCAACAAAGGAUAUGAACAGUAUCUUAUAUCCUAAGGAACCACCUGCCCGCAAAUCUAGUUUUGAGAAAACACGAAGCAAUGAGUCUCAUCUUGGAUUCAAAAAGCUAUCCUUAAGAAACAGUAUUAUGGAAGAUGAUACCAGUGAUGGUUAUAGCGGCCAAGCGAGCCAGAAUAAUGCAAACCGAACGGAAACAGCACAGGAGUUUUUUAAAAAUCUGGGUUAUUCCUCCAGAUUUGCAGAUUCAGACUCCGACAACGACUCCCAAGUUUUUAGUCAAAGCCCAUCAAAACAAAAAGCUGGAACAGAAGAACAUAAUACUAACAGCAACAAGAAGACUAGUAGCGGUAAUAAUGGUGCCUUUUCAUUGUUCAAGAGCAAGAGCAAGAAAAAGGAGGACGACAUGGCCCCACCGCGCAUUUCACAGCCUAAUCACAAUACCGCCCAUCCUGCCACUCCAAAUAUGAAAGUAAGCAAAAAGUUCAGUGGUGUAUCUUUAAGAGCGGCUAGUGACGCUGAACCUGCGAAAGUUUCAAGCCCUACAAUGAGUAAUAGGUUAAGAUUUUCUAGUAAUCCAGAGAAUAGUGAAGGAAGGUACCUACAAUCACAAGAAAAUAAUGAUACAAAGGAAAAGAAGGGAGGAUUUGGCAAAAAGCUAAAAAAAAUUUUUGGUAGAAAGAAGUAG